CCUCUAAGAGGUAGGUUUGCUUGUCUAGUGCCGCCUCUUGUUAUAUCUACUCUUUGGUUAAGUUUUAGUAAACAAAACUUUAAGAUCAUUAUUUAUUAACUUUAGCAUUACACGUUGUACAUAAAAUUACUAAUUAUUGAAAGCAUAAUUGAUGUAUAAAUUACAAUGAAGUUUACGCAGGUAUUAUAUAAAAUCCAUAUAGGUAAAGCGGUAAGGUAUCUUUGGCAACAUCAGCGAGAAAGACGUGUAAUGCCAACUAAAGCAGAAAGUAUAUUGACACGUAUGGGCCUUCAAGUAAAAGAUGCCAAAGAUAUUGUAGCAGAACCAAAAUGUUAUCCAAUAUUUGAGUUUGAAGAAGGUACAGAUUUAAAUACAGUUAACACUACUCAGACUGACUUGGGGGAUCAAAGUUGUUUAACAUAUGAAGAUCAUAAUGUUUUACAAGCAGGUGUACCACAAGCAUGCUUACUAACAAAUACAGUACAACUUGAUAAUAAAUUACCAGAAAAAAUAGAAGAAUUAUUUACCGACAUUCCGGAUGACGUAAAUAAGUUAUUAAGAAGAAUUGUUUAUACAUCUACUAUAUAUGAUCCUCAACAAGUAAAAUUACCAAUAGUAAAAGAUCCUGAAAGGCCUGCUUGGGUAUUUCCUCGAACAUAUGGUAUAACUAGUACAAGGAAAAUGCAUAAUUUGACAAAGAGGUUUUUACAGCUUUGUGAAAUGUUGAGUGGACUAAAUAUUGCACAACAUAGAGCAGUGGUACAUGAUGGAAUUUGCUGUGUGGGCAUAGAUAAAGAAGAUGACUUUAUACAGUUUUCUUUAAAAAUGGAUAUGAUGAUGACAUCUACGAGAUCUUUAUCACCAAUAAUGAAUGUAAAUACUAAUAAUGAAUUUGACAUGCCAAAUAUUUAUCCAUUACACCACUGCAUAAGCUUAACCAAAGCAAAUGUUCGCAAAUCCGAUAUGUACCCAAUCAACAUGAAAACUCCAAUAGUUAAUGAUAUACAUACAAUUUUUAUAAACUAUGAUCCAGAAGAAGUUAAAAAUUUAACUGAAUUACCAGUUACUGAAAACCAAAUUUAUGCACGCUCAAUGAUGAAAUCAUUUACUGCAGCAGCAGGUUGUGCGCGGCAAAAGUUUGGAGAAAACGUGAAAGAAUUGCCAGAACCUGUUGUUGUACAAUGUAUUCAAUCAGAUGGACAAAAUUUUCAAUUUUCUGUGUACCAACUUAAUACUUUAGAUAUGGAUAGUAAAAAUAUCAGAAAUUAUUGGUGGGCAGAACCAUUCAUAAAAUUAUAUGAAUCAGCUCAAUAUGACGAAGGAAAACCGUGUGUACAAGAAUAUAACAAGGAGGUUUUUAAAAGAUUUCUUGCAUUUUAUAGAAAUCAGUAAUUGAACAAUAAAUAUAUGAUAACAACAGA